ACUCGAUAGUAUAGAAAAAAAAUUAAAGAAAACGUGAGCACGCGACUGAACGAAACUUAUCCUUCGGUACUGCAGCGCGAAAUUCAGAUUUUGGCGGGAAGGUCUCUAACCUGUCAAUAAUAUGACUGGCCAAUCACAACAAACAAACGCAAAUCGAUUUCGUCCAACAUGGCGGACGGUACAGGGAAAACUGCAGAUGCCGCUGAGGAGAAAAUACCUUUCAAUUUCUUCAAGAAAAUACCGAAAAUUGAACUUCAUGCCCAUAUAAAUGGAUCCAUAAGCACAGAGACAAUCGAGAAGCUCAUAGAAAGGAAAGCUGAGCAAGGAAACAAUGACUGUUUGGUGUCCCAGUGGCAAACAACAAUUCACAAGGGAGAAGAGCGAGACUUAAGCGAUUGUUUGUCAAUGUUUGGCAUCAUUUACCAGCUUGUAGAUGACACAGAGGCAGUGUAUCUGGUAACAAAAAGUGUUAUUGAAGACUUUGAACAGGAUAAUACAAAAUACCUAGAGCUAAGGAGCACACCCAGGGCCAACCCUGAGACAGGGAUGACAAAGCAGUCCUACAUAGACGCAGUUUUAAAAGCUAUUGAUGAAGCUAAAAGUACAGCCCCCAACAUAACAGUGAGGUUUAUACCUGCCAAAAAUCGGAAACUUGGCCCAGAUGACGCCAUGGAUACUGUGAAGUUGGCCAUAAAGUACAAAGAAAAUGCUACAGGGAUUAUUGUGGGUUUAGACUUGAGUGGAGAUCCAAAAGUACAUGAUUCAAUUAAUUUUGUACCUGCCCUGAAACUCGCCAGAGAAAAUGGCUUGAAACUUGCCUUGCACAUUGCAGAGGUUCCUGACCUAGAAGAAUCAAGAGUGUUGCUAAAUGUAAUCCCAGAUAGAAUAGGCCAUGGAACCUGUAUUCAUCCAGAAAAUGGUGGAUCAGAAGAUCUUGUGAGCGUAGUAGAAGAACACUCUAUUCCUAUUGAACUUUGUCUUACAUCCAAUGUUAAGACCAAGACUGUUCCAUCAUAUUCUGAACAUCACAUGGGCUACUGGUACAGCAAACAACAUCCUUGUAUUGUUUGUACUGAUGAUAAGGGUGUGUUUUCUACAACAUUAUCAGAAGAAUACUCUGUGAUGGCCAGGACAUUCAACCUCACAGAAGAACAAGUGUGGAACUUGACAUUUAAAAGUAUAGAUUAUAUAUUUGGAGGAGAGAAAUUAAAACAUGACCUUAAAGAGUUAUGGAAAACCGAGAAAGAAAAGAUUAUUUCUUCAGUUCAUUAACAAUUAAAUUUGAACACAAUGAAGCCUAUGGAUCACCACUUGUAAUUGGGUAUUAUUUUUAUCAAUAAAAACACCCUAACAUA